AGCACGCCUCGCCCCCUCCCCUCUCAGAGAGCGCUGCAUGGGCGACCGCUACGACGACAGGUCCCGUUACCGCAGCCGCAGCCGCAGCCGCGGACGCGACCGGCGCCGCAGCCGCUCCCGCAGCCGCGAUCGGCGCGACCGGAGCCGCGACCGCGGCGACCGCGGCGACCGCGGCGACCGCGGCGACCGCGGCGACCGCCGCGAGUAUGAGCACGACGAGUACCGCGAGUCCCGGCCGCCGCAGUAUGGCCGCGGCGCCGGGCUGGGCUACAGCGGCCCGCCUCCCGACCGCGGCGGCAGCUAUGGCGGCGGAGGGCGCGGCGGCGGCUUCGUGAGCGAGGGAGGCGGCGCGUACGGAGGCCUCGAGCCCGCGUGUGGUCCGAGCGGCCCGCCGCCGCCAGUGCCGAUCGGGCACGGCUCCGGCCUCGGCCCUGCGGCGGCGACGACGGACGAGAUCAUCGUGCUCAUCGAGAAGAGGAACAACGCCAAGAACAUGCAGGACUUUGGCGCCGCGGACGCGCUGCGUGUGCAGCUGGAGGCGAUUGGCGUGACGCUGGACGACCGCGGGCGCAUCUGGUCGACGCUCGACGGCCGCUCGGGCAAAUACGACGGCGCCGGCGGCGCGAGCCGCGGCGACAAGACGCUCGAGGACGGGUCGCUCUCGUGGGAGAACACGAUCUACGUGCAGGGCUUGCCUGCCUCGGCCCGCAUACACGAGAUAGCAGAGUUCUUCGGCGGCAUCGGGCCCAUCAAAAAGUCGAAAAAGUCGCACAACCAGGGCGAGCCGACGGCCAGCCGGGCCGGAGGAGGGGCGGUCGACUCGGGGGAACCACGCGCUCUUUGCUUCUUCGUAGGCACCAUCUCGUAUGAGGAGCCGUCGACGGCGCGCGCGGCCAUCGACUGGUCCGGCGGCAAGCCCUUUGGCCACGAUUGGCGCCGGGCGACGCUCCUCGUCUUCGCGCGCCGUCUGCCUCUCUCCGCCUCGGCGUCGUAA